CACCCAAAAGAAUCCAAAUACACUAUUACAAAAAACAAAAAAUCAUUACAUUCCAACCAAAUCAAGUAAUCAACUAUAAGAUGCGUACCUUACAAAACUGUGUUCCCUCUUUCCCUCCCACCCUCCUUCCCGUUGACUCUCUCCACCACCUUCUUCUUAUUUUUCUCCAUCCUCCCCACCUCCUCCCUCACAAUUCCCAACACCAUUCCACCACCAACCCCGUGGUCAUAUUGUUAAAAAAAAAAAAAAAAAAAAGAAUUCAACAGAGUCUGACCACAUACAAGCCCAACGACGUUAUUCCAUCAACUAAUAAACAACACAAAACAUGCCUUUAUUGGUAGACUGCUCAAAUUGUAAGACACCCCUCCAACUCCCGCCUGGCGCUAAUUCAAUCCGCUGUGCCAUUUGCCACGCAAUCACUCGCAUCCACCAUGAUCCUCGCUCGCUCCCACCCGGUCCGCCUCCGCCUCAUUCCUUCUACCCUCCGCCGCCACCUCCGCCACACCGCGCCCCUGUUGUGCCACCUUCUUCUUACCACGGAGCUCUUACGCCGCCGCCUAUUGCUGGGCGGAAGAAGGCGGUGAUUAUUGGGAUUACAUACAGGAAGUCAAGAUAUGAGCUAAAGGGUUGUAUUAAUGAUGCUAAGUGUAUGAAGUUUUUGCUUAUGAAUCGGUUUAAAUUCCCAGAAACUGAGAUUCUUAUGCUUACUGAAGAAGAGAGGGAUCCGCACAGAAUCCCUACCAAAGAAAAUAUCAGAAUGGCAAUGGCUUGGCUUGUAGCAGGAUGUCGUGCAGGUGACUCACUAGUAUUUCACUUUUCUGGGCAUGGUUCACAACAGCGGAACUACAAUGGAGAUGAAGUGGAUGGCUAUGAUGAGACCCUCUGUCCCCUGGACUUUGUAACCAAAGGGAUGAUCGUAGAUGAUGAGAUUAAUGACACAAUUGUUAAGCCUCUUCCUCCUGGUGCUAAGCUCCAUGCUAUUAUUGAUGCUUGCCAUAGUGGCACUAUGUUGGACCUACCAUUUCUUUGCAGGAUGAAUGGGAGUGGGCAGUACGUGUGGGAGGACCAUCGCCCUAGGUCAGGUAGAUGGAAAGGUACUAGUGGUGGAGAGGUUUUCUCCUUCAGUGGCUGUGACGAUGAUCAAACAUCUGCUGAUACUUCGGCAUUAUCAAAGGUGACUUCAACUGGAGCUAUGACUUACUGUUUCAUUCAGGCAAUUGAGAGAGGGCAUGCAGGUACUUAUGGGAACAUGCUUAACGCUAUGCGGGCUGCAAUCCGCAAUACUGAUACUUCUUCUGGAGGUGGUGUUGUUACAUCUCUCCUUACCAUGCUUUUGACUGGAGGAAGUGGUGCUGGAUUGAGACAGGAACCACAGUUGUCGUCAAAUGAAGGAUUUGAUGUAUACAGGAAGCCAUUUUCACUAUAAUAAAGUAUGAAGUGUCUGUACCAUUGUUAAUAAGCAUUGCCUGUAAUGUUAUUGUUGUAAUAAGUUAUGUUGUAAUAUAUUAGUAGCUAAAUUUUUUUCGCAGUGCAUUGGAAAUUUGGAAUUAAAUGGAUGUACAAUGCAUUAUUAAUGGAUGACCAGCCAUGGUUCGAUUAGCUUA